UAAUGUAAAAAAGAAGCCCCAGAGCGGGGCCUCCAGUGGAUGCUCUUCCGAGGAAAUUUCCCCAUAUAAUCAUGCUCAAGAAUCUUUCUAAACUUAUCUUUCAUCUCAUUCUCCAUUGUUGCUUCAAAGACCCAAAAAGGUCCUCUUUCUUCUUCCCUCUGAAAAAAACCCAGACAUAGGAAAAUAGAGGCAAGCGUCCCCUGCGAGUCUUGGGAAGUGGGUUGCAGUUCUUUGAAGCAUCUUUGCUUACCAAUCAAGCGAUUGGAUUUUCUUGGCUUGUUCGGUCUGUGGAGAAAGAAAGAACCGAGAAAUGUCAGUUGAUAUCGUGGGAACUGCUGUGGAAACGGCAUUCGGCGAGCUGUUCAAGCUAGUUAAGGACGUAGCGCUAACCAUUGCUGUGUUUCCUGAGCAGCUCAAGAAGAUCGAAUCCACCCUGGACUCCAUAGCUCCGAUCAUGAAAGACAUCGACAAGUUCAACAGAAUGAUGGAUCGUAAAGACUUGGAGCAUAUCCAGGCCAUAAUUAAUGAUGGCAAAGACCUGGUCGAGAAGUGCUCCAAAAUCAAGAAGUUCAACCUGAUCAAGAAGCGUUCGUACUCGAAAAAGCUUACCGAGUUCGACGCGACACUCCUCAGGGAGUUCCAGCUUUCCCUGCCGAUGAUGGCUACGAGGAACACCAUGGAGAUGUUGGCGGGGAGGACAGAAUCCCUACACCGUUCCGAUCAAGCGAACGAUGGGGCCAUCCAGAGCGGGCUCGGGGCUUCGGGCAAUCUCGCCGUCCCUGAGGCACCCGAUUUCAUUGUUGGGUCGGAGGUGGAGGCGUCCUUGAGGAAGCUCAAGUGGCGGUUGCUCGAGGAGGGAGUGUCCGUGAUUGUUGUGACCGCCCCGGGCGGCUGUGGGAAGACCACUCUGGUUGCGAAGUUGUGUCAUGAAGUGGACAUUGAAGGCAAAUUCCACAACAAUAUCAUGUUCAUCCGUGUCUCGAAGAAGCUCAACCUGACAGACAUUGUCCAGAAGAUGAUUCAACAUAAGAAUUUCCUGGUACCCACAAUUGAAACAGAAGAUUUUGCAGUUCAGUACUUGCAGCAACUGCUUGAAAAAAUAGGACAAAAUCCUGUGUUGCUUGUGCUGGAUGAUGUCUGGACCGAAUCAAAAUCGUUCCUCGAUAAGUUUGUUUUCAAGAAGAUCAAAGAUUACAAGAUUGUGGUGACAUCAAGAUAUGAGUUUCCUGAUGUUGAUUUUGUGCAUCACCUGAACCCACUGAAUAAGGGUGAAGCCCUGCAACUUUUUCAUCGAUCUGUUACAAUUACCGAUAGAAGCAUGUCUGUACCAGAUGAUCUCUUGGAGCAGGUGGUGAAUCGCUGUAAGGGAUUGCCAUUGGCUCUUACAGUCGUUGCCAAGUCUCUCCGAGGAAAGGAUCCUUCAUUCUGGGAAACGAAGCUUCUUGAUUGGUCUGAAAGACGUUCCCUUUUGCGUUCAGACAGUGACGUACUAGAUUGCCUCAGAAAGAGCUUGGAUGACUUGGAUGGUGAAAUCAAGGAACGUUUCUUGGACCUCAGCUUGUUUCCGGAGGAUCGCAAGAUUCCCGCCACCGCCCUUAUUGAUCUGUGGGUGGAAUUGUACAAGUUAGAUUUCAGCGGAGUUCGUGCCAUUGCUGACCUCAAUAAACUUGUUUACAGGAACCUAGCUGAUCUCAUAGUUACCGGGAAAGAUUCAAAUGAGGAUGACGACAAAUGUUACAGUAGCUACUAUGCUAUGCAGCACGAUCUGCUGAGAGAGAUGGCUAUCUUGGAAUGCGACCAGGGGGAAGUAGAGGAAAGAGAGAGACUUAUUUUGGACUUGACUGGAAAUAGUUUUCCUGAUUGGUGGAGUGAGCAAAAGCAACUGACUCUUGAUGCUCGUCUAGUGUCCAUCUCCACAGAUAAAACAUUCUCAAGACCUUGGCCAAGUCUUCAAUUGCCUAAAGCUGAGGCUUUGGUCUUGAACUUUGAAGCCAACAUUCGAACCAAAACUUAUGCUUUACCUGAAUUCAUUGAGAAAGCAGAUAAGCUCAAGGCCUUAAUAGUAACAAAUUAUAGUUUCUCUCCAGCUGAGCUGUGCAAUUUCCAUGUCAUCGGGUCCAAUUUAAGGAGGAUGAGGCUUGAACGCAUGACGGUUCCUUUCCUAAACAUGGGACAGCUACGCUUGCCCUGUUUGCAAAAGAUAUCCUUUUUCAUGUGCAACAUUAGUCAUGCUUCAACAUCAGAUGACGCCAAAAUCUCCGAUGCAAUACCAGGCUUAGUGGAGCUCCACAUCGACUAUUGCAACGAUCUUAUGGCAUUACCGGAUGACAUAUGUGAGAUAAAACCUCUGAAGAAGCUUAGCAUCACAAACUGUCAUAAUUUAUCUGUACUCCCCGAACAGAUUGGCCAGUUGGUGUCCCUUGAAGUGGUCAGGCUUAAUUCCUGCACAAACUUUUCACGGGUACCGGACUCGAUUAGAACCCUUGAAGAAUUGAUAUCUCUCAAUAUAUCUGAUUGUCUGAGCUUGAGCACCUUGCCUGAUCAAAUUGGUCAACUGGUUAAUCUCAAGAGAUUGAACAUGAGAGGAUGUUUAAGGUUGUCUAAGCUACCACGGUCGAUCAUUAGGCUGAGGAACUUGAGAAAGGUGGUCUGUGACAAAGAAAAAGAAGGCUUGUGGGCGCCUCUCAAGAGCAGUCUCAAUAGCUUGAACAUAAUAGCAUCCGAAGAAGAAGAGGCUAACUUAAAUUGGCUGAACGAUUAAGAAGAGGGCAAUCAACCAAUGAUCUCUGAAAUUUUUUUCCACGUUAAGUAUUGUCUUUGAACUAUAUUUUUUACUAUUUAUAUUUUUUGGCUGUUUGUUGAAUUUAUUUUCUGGACAGUGAUUUUUUUUUUAUGUGAACAGCUAGGCAUUGCUGACUGGACCAAAUAAUUGAUUAG